GCAAGCUACCAUCCGGCCACCAUCAUUGGCUCGGCACCCAUUGGGUAACUGCGCGUAACUGGGCGGUUUCUCUUUGAGGAGUGCGCGGGUGGCAUGUAUACUCUUCUCCUGAACCUAUGUCCUACUUAAACACAUUUUUAGCGCAGUGCUUUUUCGUUCUUCGCGGUGAAAUCACAAAAGGCGCAAGGCAUCGGUCCGUCUGCCUGUAACUGAUGGAAGAUGGAGCCUGUGGAGGGCACACAGAAACGACCUGCUCCUUCACUCUUGUGCACUCGGGGGGGCACAUACUCUGUCCAAACGCCGUAUGGCUACCAGCUGGACCUGGAUUUCCUGAAGUAUGUGGAGGAGAUAGAGAGCGGCUGUAAGGGCUGGGCUCCCCGCAGGCCCCAGUGCAGACCCCCCCAGAGGGGUCCCAGAACAAGUCCCAGGUGGGGCAGGGUGGAGCAGGCGCUGGUGGAAGUGAGCCAGAGACUCCAGCUGGCAAGGCUGGCCCGGUCCGACAGCCUGGCAGAACUGGGCGAGCCCGACAUCCCGCACGUCUCCCCUAGCAACUCCUCAGACCCAGAGUUCUGCCAAUCACAUGCAUCCUCUCCCCUUAGCCCCACAUACAGCCCAGCCUGCAGUGAUGACCCUGCUAGCAGCCAGGACUCAGGGGUGGGGCCAGACCUGGCCGAGCUGGGAAAGGGGGGGCGGCGAGGGGAAGCAGGCAGAUUGGGGCGGGACUGGUGGUCUGUUGCUGUGGGAGAUGACAGGCCCCUGGAGGAGAGCAGGGACUUACGGGAUGUUGCCGUGGAGACGGAGCUUGUGGAGACCUGUGAAAUAGGAGUUGGGAUGGAUGAGGCCUCAUCUGUGCCAAAGGGCCAGACGGAGAGGGAGCUGGAUGCCCUGCGGCACACCGUGGAGAUUCAGCGCCAGCGUAUCCAGGACCUGGAGGCCCAACUCAGCCUCGCUCAGCAACAACAGGAAACACGGAGGCCUCAGCAGGAACAGGAAGCGCUGAAGCCUCAGCAGGAACAGGAUAAGUCACAAACAGGGGGAGGGAAGGUGUGUACCAAAGCACUGAUGCACAAGACUCAGGUGGAAACAGAGCCCUGUCCAGGCUGCACCUGGGCAAGUAGUCACUUGGAAUUACCUGAAGACACAGGUGGCUGUAAGGUGCAGGGGUUUCUUGGACAAGGUGCUGGCAGUACCCAGAGCGCCACACUCCAGCAAAAUGACCAGAGCACUCAGACAGACUUCACUGGGAGCCUGAGAGGAAAUGCUUCACUGACAGUGACCAGCAGGGGGAGUCAGUGGGAGAGCCCUGAUGAGGACAAGGACAAAUCCAUCAUCCCUGCAGUGCAAAAUGGGGAGGUCAUGCCAUCCAAACCAGCUGCAGGUAUGCCGAAGUCCAUUAUGAAAAGGCCAGGUGAGGACAGGGCUUCAAGGCUCAGUGCUGGCCACAGAAAGUGCCUGCAGUUUGUGGGGAUACUUAAGGGAGGGUAUGAGUCAACCUCCAGCGAGGAAGAGGAAGAUGAAGAAGAAGGCAGCUUCUCAGGAGCCUCAGACAGCAGUGGAGGAGCGGAGGAGUCUCUGGAAGACUCCUCCUUUCAGGAGAGGAACAUCAACCCAGACAGCGGAAACGAACCAGAGAUUGAAGAGGAAAAAGAGAAGUUCGAGCUGAGUGCUAAAAUGCGGGAGGCCUGUCUCAUCCUGAAGAGCCACCUGGAUGAUGACAUCAGCGCUGUGCACGGGGACGUUGUGCUGUCCAGCAGUCACACUGUGGAGCUGGAAUGGUUCCGAGUGUCCAGCUCUAAGACCGCCAGACCUGCCCAUGUGACCAGUUUCCUGGUGGCCUUCUCUCAGCUGUUUCCUGGCUUGGUGGAGUGCGUGGUCAACAUGGCCGACCUCAACGGCAACACCGCUCUGCACUACAGCCUUUCCUAUUCAAACUUUGCAGUGGUCCGUGUCCUACUGGACACCGGUGUGUGCUGUGUCGACCAGUGGAAUAAGGCCGGGUACACACCUGUCAUGCUGGCAGCUGUGGCCACAAUAAGAACAGCAGACAACAUGCAGCUGAUCAGACGGCUCUUCAGCCAGGGCAACGUCAAUGCCAAGGCCAAACAGACAGGCCAGACGGCGCUCAUGCUGGCGGUCGCUCGCAGGCGGAUGGAGAUGGUGUGGGCGCUGCUGGACAGCGGGGCGGAUGUGAACGCUCAGGAUGGGGAGGGAUGCACCGCCCUGAUGAGCGCCUGCCAGCACGGCCACGCCCACACAGUCUCUUUGCUCCUACAGCACCCCCGCUGUGACAUCACCCUGAGGAACAAUGCUGGGGAUACUGCACUCUCCAUUGCUCUGGGGGCCUCACGCAGUGACAUUGCUGUGCUGCUUUACACUCAUAUGAACAGAAGCAUCCCUCCUCCCACUCCCACAGCCCUGAGUUCCACUUCCAUGAGAUCCACCCCCUCCACAACAGAAUCAGAGACCCCCAAGGCUAUCCCUGGAAGACCCCCUUUACCCAAAAAGAUGGGGAUACAGAGGCGGCAUGAAGCUGCAAAGACGGAGAAACUGAAAGGACGUUCCACUCUUCCUGCAAACAGCCAAACUGUUUAAAAAAUAUAUCAAAGCAUUUAUAAUUCCUCCAUAAAACACAUCAGCCAGUGUUGUUUUCUACCAACACUGUACAAGUGGUACAAGACCACUGUGCUAAACCAAUAUUAACAAUAAUACUUUUCUGAUAUUUUAAAUGUGACAUAAUACAGCAUUUUAAGUUAAUUCAUCCCUUAAUGCUACAUUUUCAUCCACUUUUUAUGUACAAAAUGUAGAUCAUAUUUUAGCAGUUGACUGAUGCAGAACAGGCUUCUGAUAGAGAGGAAUGGGGCUUCUGGUCAGGAGUGCUGAAGCACAUUGGUUUGGAACCUCUCAAUCUCUCUAUGCUCUGCCCCACUGCCCACGUUCAAACUGCUCAUCCCGCCACUGGACUGUGCUGUCCAGGACUAUUCCCCCUAUCCCCAGAACCACUGGACUGUGCUGUCCAGGACUAUUCCCCCUAUCCCCAGAACCACUGGACUGUGCUGUCCAGGACUAUUCCCCCUAUCCCCAGAACCACUGGACUGUGCUGUCCAGGACUAUUCCCCCUAUCCCCAGAACCACUGGAUUGUGCUGUCCAGGACUAUUCUCCCUAUCCCCAGAACCACUGGACUGUGCUGUCCAGAACUAUUCCCCCUCUCCCCAGAACCACUGGACUGUACUGUCAGACAGCACAACAACAAUUAACCCAUGAGGAUUAAAGGGACAGCACACUAUAUUUCAGAGCGCGCACACAUCCUACUGUACAGCUACAAUGUCUCUAAUUCGGUACCUUUAGAACGCUACCUGUGCAAGAGGAUUUACCUACAAGUGUUUUCUCAUAUCUUCAUGAAACUGUGCAAUACAAGUGGUGGUUGGUGUAUAUCACAGUACAUGAUUGUGCAAAUUAGAUUUUAUGAACUUGUGGAUAAACAUCACGUAAAUAUC